AUGUCGUCUGCGACGCAAGUGGCAAUUACUUUUGAGCAUGUUCGAGCUGUUCUGUCUGAAUGUCGCAAGCUCAAGACUUCAGCUGAAUGUGCACGGAUCGAAGCCAUUGUGAUUAAUGUGAAUCACAAUCCCAAAUCUCCUCCCACGAAAUGUCAAGAUACGACCCGCCUUACUUACAAAUCGCAGUUGUAUUUUUAUUAG